AUGGGUUUGGUCAAAUGGAUCAGCGUCGACACUAGAGCCGACUCUAAUAUCAUGUUCAGAAACGUGUUCGACACCCUGGAGUUCCGAGAGACCGAUCUCAAAACUCAUCAGCACGGAGUUGUCAGCCUAAGAGACAAUUUCAUAAAGCCCGGUGGAGUGGUCACCCUCCCGGUUAGCAUCAGAGGAGGAGAAGGAAAGAGAGCGAAAAUGGUGGAAUUUGUUGUCCUGAGGGACUCCACAGCCUACAAUGUCAUCUUAGGGAGGAAGACAAUCAAUGAAUUCUCUGCUGGGGACCUAGAAACGGCGGUUGCAUGUGACAACGCCAGUCUCUCCCUAAGAAAGAAAUCGAAGGAAGCAUCUGGGAUCGUCUUGGCCGACCUAGAUUCUAGGUUAGACGACAAGUCAAGGCCCGAGCCCGAGGGAGACCUGGAAAAAGUUCAAAGUCGGGAACACAGGGGACAAAUUCACCUUCAUAAACAAGAACUACCCCCCCCAAAUAACCUGAAAAAGUCCCUCAUGGAGGCCAUCAGGGCAAAAGGUGAUUUGUUCGCUUGGACGCCAACUAACAUGCCGGGGGUAGACCCUGAUUUCAUGUCCCACCGACUUGUCGUGAAGCCGGAUGCCAAGCCCGUUGCUCAGAGGCGGAGGAAGAUGUCCCAAGAGAGAGUUGACAAGGUGGCCAAGCAAACGGCCAGCCUAUUAGAGGCGAGGUUCUUCAGGAAACUCGAGUACUCGACAUGGCUGUCAAAUGUAGUCCUCGUCAAAAAGGCAAACGAGAAGUGGAGGAUGUGCGUCGAUUACUCGGACCUCAACAAGGCGUGUCCCAAAGACCAGAUACCGAUGCACAAACCCGAUGAGAUAAAAACGGCGUUCAUAAUGCCAGGAAGCACUUACUGCUAUAGAGUAAUGCCAUUUGGCCUGAAGAACGCAGGGGCAACCUACCAGAGACUGAUGAACAGGGUUUUCAGUGACCUUAUUGGGAAGUCGGUAGAAGUCUAUGUCGACGUGAUAACCCAAAAGGGGGUCGAGGUCAAGUCCUCUGGUUGGCUAGUUUUUACUAGGAUAUCGUCGACAUAG